AUGGAAUUCCCCGCCGCCUCCACCACGCUUCUCGUCACCGUGACCGUCACUGCCCUGGCGACGACAACCCUCCUUCUCGUCGGCAAGACGACUCUCUGGCCUCGACGCGAGAAGAUUCUCCCCAGCCCACUCAAGACCACGCUCCCCCAUCUCCCCGCAGAGUCCCUCAAGGCCCUUGUCUACCAGCCCGACCAGUUCCCCGGCGCCCGUGACGUGGACACGCCCUAUGGCAGGAUCCGCGCGUACGAGUUUGGCCCCGAGGAUGGGGACAAGGUUCUCUUUGUCCACGGUAUUUCGACGUCGUGCGUGACGCUCUCGCCCAUUGCGCACGGUCUCGUGGAGCGCGGGCAUCGCGUCCUGCUGUACGAUUUGUUUGGCAGGGGGUUCACGGAUGGCGUGGGGGAUCUGCCGCACGAUGAACGGCUGUACGUUACGCAGAUGCUGCUCGUGCUAGCGUCGUCGGAUCUGAGCUGGACGGGCAAGAGCGCGCGGCUCAAGGUCGUGGGGUACUCGCUCGGCGGCGGCAUCGCGGUGCAGUUUGCGGCGGCGUUCCCGAACCUGGUCGACUCGCUGGUCCUGCUGGCGCCGGCUGGGCUGAUCCGGGCGGAGCUCUUUGGCGCCGUGACACAGUUUGCGUUCAAGAGCGGGUUCGUGCCCGAGACGCUGGUGGCCUGGCUGACCAGCAAGAGGCUGCAGCAGCCGAUUGCGCGCAAGAAGAAGGUUCCUCAGAUCAAGGAGGUCGAGGUGGCGGCGGCGGAAGCGGCGGAUCCCCCAGAGGGCGUGCGCGCCACGCCCUUGGAACACAAGGUCUUGCACUACGUGCGCUGGAUGGUGGAGCAUCAUCGUGGUUUCGUGCCCGCGUUCAUGUCAUGCAUCCGGUACGCGCCGCUGACCGAGCAGCACGAGGUCUGGGCGAAGCUUGGUGAGAGGAAAAAGGGGGCCACGGUGGUGCUAUUGGCCAAGGGGGACGAGAUCAUUGACGAGGCUGAUUACACGAAGACCGGGCUGCCGUUGAUCGGCGGCGAGGACAAGGUAUUCUGGAGGGUGCUACCGGGAGGUCAUGAUUUUGUCAUGACACAUGCAGACGAUUGUCUCAAAACGCUAGACGAGGCAUGGACAGAAACAUCGUAG